GGCCCGCAUUAGUCGCAAUGGGCAGGACCAAACCACGUCGCGCUACCCGCGUUUCUCAUACCUCUCCUCCCCGGGCUCCUCUUCCUCCUCCUCUUCUCACCGCACUCUUCCUUCUGAUCCUUGCUCAGACUUCCUCCUCAGUACAACGGCAGUUACCUUUCCAUCCCCACCAAUCGAUUCUUCUCGGCCUGAAAGCUCCUUCACCGAGCUCCUCCUUGCUGCGCGUGCGAGGAGGCGAGGAGGUCAUCGAUUUUUUUUACCCCAACGGAACAGCAACAGGAGCAAAGGACUUUGACGAUAGAGAUGCUCCGGAUCGCGAGCACACGCUCAGAGAGAUGGAGAAACAACGGCAGCUCGAGAUGGACCGGGAUCUCGCCUGCAUGGUGGAAGACGAUGAAUGGCCGCUGCUGCAUCCAGGGUAUUCGGCACACUAUCCCAUCAAGCACUACUCUGAACCGUUACACAUCACCGAUGACAUGGAGCUCGAGAAGGAUGACCCCGAGAUCCAGGCGUUGAACAGGGAGUUUUGGGACGCGUGCGAAGAGCAUGAUGUAGAUAGAGCCAACGAUGUGCUUGUAAAGGGAGCUCAAGUGAAUGCCGUGGACCUUGAUGAUGGGAUGGCGGCAACGGCGAUAUUCCAUUGCUGCGCUGGCAUGCCAGCUUCAGCUUAUCCAAACUUCCUCACCAACGAUACCGCGGCAGACAUCGAAGACAAGAAGAUGAAACUUGUAGAUUGCCUUGUAUCUCAUGGAGCUCGUCUCGACGUGCGAGAUGUCUUCGAAGAAACACCCGUGCACUAUGCUGCUGUUCGAGGGCAAGUGCAGCGGCGGUGGAGUGAAGAUGGUGAUGCUACAGUGCGCAGGUUCCCGCGGCUCGUGGAGAAGCUGAUUUUACUCGGCGUUGACUUCAAGGCGAGUAACAAGGAAGGAUACUCUGCUAUCCAGACGGCUGAGCUGAACCAUGAGGGCAACCCAGGAUGCAUCGAGGCUGCAAAUAUGAUCAGGAGAUAUGGGGGAUAUGACUUCGCUCCGGACCUGGAUGCUGCUGAAACUGUGAAGAACCAAAAGCGUGAGAAACCGCCGACGAAGAUCUUCGAGGAAUACGGAGGCAUUCCUCCAUUGCACUGGAUGCAGCUGACAAAUGACAAGAACUGCUACAAGCUCAAGGAGGAGAUCAGAGCGAGGAUCUUCGACGAGGAGGCGAAGGAGAGGCUGAAAGCCAAACUGAUCGACAAGGCGAUCGACGGGAAGAUCAAAGACAUCAAGAAGCUCCCGCGAUCCAUCCGGCAAUAUGCAGAAGAAGACAUUGAAGAGUAG